AUGCAGCCACCAUCUGUUCUUCCACCACCACCCUUCUCCGAGCUUUACGUAAAAAGAGAAUCAAAUUAUGAAGCAGCUGAACAAGUGAGUCAUGCCAAUAACCAUCAUCCAUCUUUAUCACCAGCAGAAUCAUCCAAUAACAAUUCAUCAUCAGUAGUUGCUAUAUCCAAUUUCCCACCAAUCCUACCUCACCCAAUACCAGUAAAUACCGUCUCUAACCAACAUCCAUCCACUCAUCAACAACAACACUAUUCAACAACAACCACCACUAUUUUGGAUCAUGGACCAAUGUUGUUAAAUAAUUCAUACCAUCAACCACAAUCGACAUCUUUUAAUCCAGUAUCCGCUUCAACAAACACCUCUGAAAAACAACCAAAGAAGAGAAAACAAUCAUCAGCGUCCAUUCCUGUAAACAAUAUGAUGACUGAUGUAAACAAUGGUGACUCACCAAAAAAGAAAAAGAAGAGAAAACAAGUGAAAAGAGCUUGUAUUAAUUGUCAUAAGAGCCAUGCUGGGUGUGAUGAAGUUAGACCAUGCAAGAGAUGUGUUUCGUUAGGUUUAGAAGCAACAUGUCUCGAUGUUGAACCUAGAAAUACCAAGAGAAAGUCAAGUGAUGUUAAGAGUGAAUCAAAUAGUAAUGCUGGAAAUGGUUUGAGUGCUCCUCAUUCUGGAAAUCAGAAUGUCGUGCAACAGACCUCAUCUAAUUCAAUGCUUUCCAAUUCUCAUCUCCAUUCUCUCCACCAUCACAACCCUAAUAGUACAAAUAAUACCUCUCAAACAACAGCUAGUUUACCUCCUCCAAUUUCUGCUUUGGGAGCUGCUUCAUUGGGGGCAACAGUCAAUUUGCAUUCUCCACCUCAAUUCACUCAUCCAGGUCAUCAUUAUUCAGCAGGUGGUCAUCAUUAUGGAGCUUCUAGUGCACCAGGUUCAUCUUACUUGCAUCAUCCACUGUAUCCACCUUCUGGUUCAUUGAUGGCUUCUCCUUCACUUUCACAAAAUUCUGGAGGUUCAGGAGGAUCCUAUCAACAAUAUUCACAAUCCUAUCAGAGACACGCAUUGUUACCUCCUCCAUCAUCUCUGAUAAAUUCAACAGAUUAUGAUAAUACACAAAAUCCUGCUCAAAGAGGAGUUAAUCCUGCAGGCCAACCAAUUUCUGCACAAUCACAUUUGGCCUUAAUUAAUAGUGUAAUGAUGCAACAACAAUUACUCAUUCAAGCAUUACAAAAACUUGAAUCAGGUUCUACAUUGGAUCCAAGUAUUACCAAUAGCUUAAUUGCUGGAAAUAACAUGAUUGGACAAACAUUGGAUAACAUGCCAACUAAAUCUCAAGCAUUACCAAACUUGGCAGAGAAGACUCCAUUAACCAGUUUAGACCCACAUCUCAGACCUUCGGGUUACUUUUUACCACCAUCUAGUCAUUCAUUAUCUCCACCUAAUUUACUACCAUCUGUAAAUAGCAAUUUAUUAUCACCAGGUACAAAUACUAACCAAACCCCAAUGAAUAGAACCUACUCUUCAAGUUCAUUGGAAGGAUUACUUGGUCCAGCAACACCAACUGCAGCAACCCCCCUCUCUCAUGUUGUUACAACACCUCUCAAUUUGCAUCCAGAAAGUGGUCCAAUUACACCAAUGCAAGAAGCUAGUCUUGCAUUGUCAGGUCAUUCUAAUAGCCAAACUUUGAGUGCAAACAAGAAUAUUGAACAAACUCAUCAACAACAUCAACCAUUAUCACAACAUCAACAUAUUCAACAACCUCAAAAGGAAAUGCAAAGAAAGGAACCAGAAAAUUCUCCUUUACAGGAGAAACAACCAGAGCAAGAGCAAAAAGAUGAUGAACCAGAGGAAUACGUUGUCAGUCUCUUUAGAAAACCAAAUAAUGACGUAGAUAUUAUCGAUGACUAUUUUGCUCUUUUCAACAGCAAUAUUUCUGAUGAUGGCUAUGAGGAAUAUAAUGUGGCCGAAACUCAAAACGAAAAUACAACAGAAAGACCAUCAUCUGAGAAUAUUGUUGACGAUUCGGAAUUUAAUACUUGUAUAAUAGGCAGGGAUAAUAUUAAUGAUCCUUCACAAUGUUCUGGAAGUGUAUUCCUACCAGCUGGAGACGUUUGUGUUGCUGUUUGGAAAUUGAAUGGAGUACUGUAUUCAGGAAAUAAGAACUUUUUCUCAGUUUUUGGAGUGCCAAGCCUUGUUGAAGGCAAUCAAAUUAAUUUUUCAUCGAUUUUAGAUAUGGAUUCAGAUCCAGAUUUGAAACAACUGUUUAGUUGUCGAUCUGAUUUUUAUGCAAAGAAGACUAAAUUGCACAGAUAUGUGGAAAAGAGAGAUCAACCUGCAGAUACUAUUGAAGGUUUUUUACAGGCCUAUGUUAUCAGAGACUCUCAAGGAAUUUUGCCAAUCUAUAUCACCACCCACAUAUCUAUUGCUAAAUAA